GGGAAUUGCGUCUGUUCCGGCCGUGAGACUCUCGAGAGGUCCUUGGGGGGGCGUCUUUCCAGUCCCCAAGAGGGUUGGAUGAACAAUAGAGUUGACGCCCGAGUGGACAUGACGCUCCGGAGAUGGACGUCAGAUGUCGACAAACGGCUUGGCGGCUGGAGUGAAGGCGGCACGGGAGGCAUACGAUAUCGGUCCAUCUUCAGAUCAAGAUGUCCUGAUAUAGAGUUUGUCCGCAUUCCUUCUUCAGCCCGAGAUUCCUACUACUCUUGGACCCUGAAUCCAACCGCAACAACCUCGAACCAUCCAAACAUCAGCUCACUUCAGCUCACCUCUCGCCUCUUACAAAAAUGUUGCAGCUCGUCUUUGCAUUCGCUGCCGUUGCGGCUGGCGCAAGGGUCUACCGCAGACAAGAAGAUUGCUCCUCCACCACAACGUUAGAUGCCCUCACCGUUACCAGGGUUGAGCCGAUCUCGAUCUAUAUCCUCCCUCAACAACUUGCACCAACAGGGACCAACAAUGAUCCCUUCACCGCGGUCUAUACAACAGUCUAUCCCACAUUCUGCCCAGAGUGCUCUCAGGGUCUGAGGCCGGAGACUUACACCAUCACCCAGACCUGCACAGGCAUCACAGGAUGCCAACCAUCGGGCAGUGUCCUUCCUCCGGGAUUCACCACAACCCAAGCUACCUGCACCGACUGCCCAACACCAUUCAGUGCCGUCCUCACUAUCCCUCAGGCGACUGAUGCCGUCGUCACUUCAACCUUCCUCGAGACCAUCACCGAGCCAGGCUUGACCACGACGCGCACCAUCGUCCAGACCUGCGCGAGCGAGCCUUGCUUGCCUCAAAUCACCAACGUCCCUGGACGCGUCUCUACCUUCGAUGGGGGUCUCUUUGCCGAGCCGGUUACACAAACAGCCACAGUGUCGGUCUCAGUCACCGUGACCGACAAGUCAACUGCAACCGUCACUGCCGAUGCUGAUCCAUCCUUCCGUCCUGGCAACUUCAACAGCGGUGCCGGACAUGUCGUCUCUUCAGACAAGUCUCUUGUUCUUUGCGUCAGCGCAUUUGUUCUUUUGUUAAUCAUGUCUUCAUAAGCGAGCGGGUGGAGCGAACGGGAAAACGCGUGUGUGUGUGCCACAGAUUAUGGAUGAUGUUGAUGGCCAUUAAGACUCAUGAACUCUUAGCCUGCGUGUUGCUUCAUGUUGCUUCUAUUACUUCAAAGGACAAUACUUGAUACCAAUUGUUUUCAAUACGAGCCUUUGAGGGCUUUUACUUUCAUUUCCUUGUAUAAUCUCACUUCAGUCCAGUAUAUACUUCAUCAUAGUACCUUAUUCACCAGAGGGUCUUCAACAUUUCUUCCAUGUAGUAGAUAUUAGAUAUACACAAAAUCAAUGAGGUCUGAGCACUUCUUU